UCUCUCUUCCUGCUGCAGGCAUGAAGACCCCCAACGCACAAGAGACCGAAGGGCAACAAACCAGAGCAGCUGCAGGACUGGCCACUGGGUCUGCAAACAUGUCUAAGAAAAAAUUCUCCCAAAAGAAGCAGAGGGGCAGACCUUCCUCCCAACCCCGCAGGAACAUCGUGGGCUGCCGAAUUUCACACGGAUGGAAGGAAGGUGAUGAGCCCAUCACCCAGUGGAAAGGAACCGUUCUGGAUCAGGUGCCUAUAAAUCCCUCUCUUUAUCUGGUGAAAUAUGAUGGAAUUGACUGUGUCUAUGGACUGGAACUUCACAGAGAUGAAAGAGUUUUGUCUCUUAAAAUUCUUUCUGACAGGGUGACAUCAUCUCAAGUCAGUGAUGCAAACCUUGCAAACACCAUAAUUGGCAAAGCAGUGGAACAUAUGUUUGAGGGUGAGCACGGUUCUAAGGAUGAAUGGAGGGGGAUGGUCUUAGCCCAAGCACCUAUCAUGAAAGCCUGCUUUUAUAUUACCUAUGAGAAAGAUCCUGUCUUGUAUAUGUACCAGCUUUUAGACGAUUUUAAAGAAGGUGACCUCCGUAUCAUGCCAGAGUCCAAUGAGUCUCUUCCAGCAGAGAGGGAGCCAGGAGGAGUUGUAGAUGGCCUGAUAGGUAAACAUGUGGAAUAUACCAAAGAAGAUGGCUCCAAACGUAUCGGCAUGGUCAUUCACCAAGUGGAAGCCAAACCCCCUGUGUAUUUCAUCAAGUUUGAUGAUGACUUCCAUAUCUAUGUCUAUGAUUUGGUGAAAAAGUCCUAACUGUUAUGGUAACAUUUCCCACAUCUGUGGAAACAAAUGUGUAUUCUGUAAACAUGCAAAAAAAUGUUUUUUUUUUUUGGUGUACUGAAAGCUUAAGGGCCCCUGUUAACCCUACAUCUUUGCUAGCAUAAUUGUUGUUUUGUUCUUUAAAAUACAAAUUUAUCUGGACAUGA